AUGAAAACCAUAUUUAUUUGCUUGUUAUCCACGCUCUUAGCGGCAGCGCAGGCGGAGUUGCCCGCUAUCGAUCCUGCAUUGAAGGAAGUUCUUGACGUGUGCAGCAAAGAUAUUAAUAUCUCCGUUAAGGAAUUAAAUCAAUAUGCGCCUAAAAGCUUCGAUCCGACGACGUUGCCACAAAGCAUCAAGUGUUUUCUGAAAUGUAUACCUGAAAAGUUUGGCUUCUAUGAUAAUGACACGCUUGAUGAAGCAUUGGCAACGAAACAUCUUGAAGACCGUAUUCGCAAGACUAAGCAGCCUGAUAUGGAGUCUAUUAGAAGAGCCGUACAACAAUGUAGCCAAAUAAGAGAUGAUGGUGGUGUCUGUGAUAAAGGUGGACGAAUUUCCGUGUGUAUUGGUAAAAUUGAAAUCGAUGCAGUGAAUUCAGCAUGA